GUGGAGCAUUGAGCAGCCUUAAAGCUGUGACACUGUACAGCGACCCUGCAUCUUACUUCCAUCACAUCUCAGCGUCAGCUACCAAUCACUUAUCAAUAUCAAGCAUGUCGGAACAAGCUGGCGAGGCUGUACCUGCAGCACAAAAGAGCAGCUGGACGUCCUUUUUGAAGUCGCUGGCUGGCUUUACGGGUGAUCUGUCGGCCAUGACUGCUCCUCCGUUUAUAUUGUCGCCUACAUCCCUCACCGAGUUCCCAGCUUAUUGGUGUGAACGACCCGAGUUGUUUGCUGCGAUUGCCGAUGGGAAGACGGAGCAGGCCCGAGCGUUGGCUGUGUUGAAAUGGUUCAUCAGUACACUUAAAGGGCAGUACACCUCCCGAAAUGAAUCUAUGGGCUCUGAGAAGAAGCCCUUGAAUCCUGUACUCGGAGAACUCUUCUAUGGGUAUUGGCCAGCGACUGCAACUCGUGGAGGCAAGACCACCCUGGUCGUAGAACAAGUCUCCCACCAUCCGCCCAUCACAGCUUAUCGCAUAGAAAACCUUGAAAAAGGUGUUAUCCUGACAGGACACAAUGCGCAAAAGACGAGUUUCAGCGGGGGAAGUAUUAUCGUCAAGCAGGUUGGGCAUGCAGUUCUCAGCGUAACGCUUCCGUCUGGGGAGACUGAGGAGUAUCUGAUCACCCUUCCUCGUCUUCGCAUCGACGGGCUCUGGUAUGGCUCCCCAUAUAUCGAACUUGCGGAAACAAGUUACAUCCAAAGCUCCGCCGGCUGGCUGUCUACGAUCGAAUACAAGGGCAAAGGCUAUUUCUCGGGGAAAUCGCACACGUUCAAAGCAACACUCACCCCGCCUGCGCACAUUCAUACGUCUCCCCACGUGAUUGAGGGGACAUGGCAUACCACAUCUAAAGAUUCGCAUAGUGGUGCGGCGUUCCAUGAUGUCACGUCGCCCAAGGAGGAGAUCACAGUCGCUCCUGUUGAAGAUCAAAGCGAGUUUGAAAGCCGGAAGCUUUGGCAUGGUGUUGCCAAGGGUAUCAGAGAGGGCGAUUUCGAGACUGCUGCGACGUUCAAGGGCAAGAUCGAGAACGAGCAACGGCAGAGAAGACGUGAUGAAGCUGCGGGUGGCACGACGUGGGAGUUGAAGCAUUUCAAGCAUGUUGAUAAUGAUCCUGUCUAUGAACGUCUAGGCAGGCUCUUCAAAGCGAACCCGCCGACAGAGGACGCCUAUGUUUACCUCAACAAUGGUCCGCGCUCUUAGAUGUCAAGGAAAUAUACCUCUAGAUGCACAGGCCACAGCUGUAGCUCGUAGAGCAUUGCGCCUGUUGGAUAUUCUGGAUUGGAUUGGACGUCUGUGAUGGACGUUCGCAUGAUCUGAUAUAUUCUUCUACUUCUCCAUUGUAGUAUCGCA